AUGGGUGACAGAAGCAAAGGAGUAUAUGAAGGAUCUGCUGUUGGAGGCGAUACCAGCAGUUUCUCUCGAACCUGGGAUAAAGCUGCCUAUGAGAAAAGAGCCGUACUGCGUAUGGCUGGGCAGCUCCCAACUCAAAAACAGCAAAAGGCUCAAGACCAAUCUGCUCAGUCUGAUGAACUAGGGUCUGCUGGACCACAACUUAUAUCGGCAAGAAACGCUGAUUUAGGCUUUACAAGUGCAGUAGGAAAGACGACCAUUGUUCAAACAUCUGAUGGAUCGCAGCCUGGAUUUCAUUGUGAUGUAUGCGACCGAACAUACAAGGAUAACAUGGGAUUUUUGGACCACAUCAACAAUUUACAAGCCAAAGGUCAUAUCAUGCGAACAGAGCGAUCCACAGUAGAACAAGUCAAGGCACGACUUCUUUUUCAUAAAUUAGCCAAGGAAAAUACUACUACUAGAGAUUUUAAAGCCGAAAGAUUAAAACGACAGCAGAAAGAGGAGCAUGAUCGCAUAGAAAAAAGGGAAAACAAAAAAAGGUUAAAAGAGGACAACAAAAAGGCUAAACUCGCAGAAGAGAAUGCCAAUGUAGAUGGUGAUAUGGCUGCUAUGAUGGGAUUUGGUGGAUUUGGCAGUACAAAGCCCGGUGGUAAAAAAUAA